AAAGAACACUUUUUUUUUUUUUUUUUGAUACAUAUAAACUGAGCUUAGUUCCACUGAUGUCACAUUCCGUCGAAGAGAAACGUGGGCUGCUUCUCAUUCUCUCUAUACAUACACAUUUACGUGUAGUUUUAGGCUAGAGAGAGAGGAAGGAAGAGUCAGAUUCUUUGAGAUUUUGCAGUAGGAGAUGAAGAAAUUUGUGUUGAAUUUGGAUUUGCAAAAUGACAAAGAUCAACAGAGGAGGGCUUUGAAGACGGUCUCUACCCUUUCUGGAAUCGAUGAAAUCUCCAUCGACCUAAAGGGGAAGAAGCUAACCGUGAUUGGAACAGUCGACCCUGUAUCCGUGGUUAGCAAACUUCGCAAAAAGAGCUGGCCGGCCCACAUAAUCUCAGUCGGGCCAGCCAAAGAGCCGGAGAAGAAGGAGGAGCCGAAGAAGGAGGAGGCGAAGAAGGAAGAAGCGCCGAAGAAGGAGGAGGCGAAGGAAGAACCCAAGAAGGAGGAGCCUAAAAAGGAGGAAUCUAAGGAAGAAGCAAAGAAAGAAGAGCCUAAAAAGGAGGAAAAGAAGCCGGAGCCGGAAAUGCAGGUGAUCGGCACAGCAUUGCCUUAUAGGCCACACCGGCCCUACUACCCUCCGAUGACUACGUACUACCCCGUGCACCACAGCAUGGAAGAGAACCCGAACGCGUGCGUUAUAAGCUAAGGCGAUCACCGUGUCGUGCCCCACCCUGUCAUUCGCCCCUUGCCAUCGGCUCCUAGCCUACGGUUGAAGCUAAUUUUUUUUGAUGUUUUUGUACAUAUAAGAAGUUGAAAUAAUGAUUUUGGUCAUCAUUUUUGUUUGGCUACACAAGUAAGAUUUUGUCUUUUUUUCUUUCUUGAUGGCAAGUUGUAGAGAGAGGUUGGUUUCCCUAAGUUGGAAGCCUUGCUGGAAAGGUGCAAUUGUGUAGUGUAAAAUUUUAUAUAUUGCUAAAUAUGAAGACAAAAUGCUUGAAGUGGAA